CUUACUAUCAUGGAUACUUUUUCAGAUUAGAGUGCUGUUCUGCUGAGAAAGGAAACCUUCAAAAGUGAAUACUCUUUUGUCAAGCCACAAUCAGGACUAGGGAGGGCUGCUGCUUGGCAAAGAAUGGUUUCCUGCAGAUGUUUUUGAUAUCUCUGCAAUGUCUGGGCUACUUAAUUCAGCUCUGAACGGAUCUUCAAAUCUUCCAGACACGACAGGUAGAUCUUUUGCGGCAUCUUUCUCUUCCCAGUCUGCAGCGGCAUCCCCUGUUUAUCAUCAAGCCGGAACCAUACAAGGGCUGCAUAACAUCCAUGGGAGCUUCAAUUUUCCCAACAUGCUAGGCACGCUAGCAUCAAGAAAUACAACGCUAAAUGGUGUCCCUUCAAGUGGCAUUCAGCAACCUACGGGAAGCCUCUUUAGUGGACGAUUUGCAUCGCACAAUCUUCCUGUUGCUCUUUCACAGAUAUCUCAAGGCAACUCACAUGGACAUUCAGGGGUCACAAACAGAGGAGGUACAGGUGUUGUAGGGAAUCCUGUAUUUAGUAGUAGCAUGAAUGGAGCUAGUGUUUAUAUUCCUGGGUUUUUCCCAACUUCAAUUGGUAAGCAAAGUACUGUUCCAGGAUUGGGAGUCUCUCCAAUUUUGGGAAAUGCAGGUCCUCGAAUGACAAGUUCAAUGGGAAUUGUUGGCGGGGGGAACAUUGGAAGGAGCAUAAGCUCUGGUGGAGGAUUGUCGGUCCCUGGUCUUGCUUCACGCCUCAACUUGAAUGCUAAUAGUGGAUCUGGAGGUCUGGGUGUGCAAGGACCCAACAGAUUAAUGAGUGGUGUGCUUCAACCAGCAUCACCACAGAUGAUUUCGAUGCUUGGAAAUUCAUAUCCUUCAGCUGGAGGCUCACUACAUCAAAGCCAAGUCCAAUUAGGGAAUAAUUUAAGCUCAAUGGGAAUGUUAAAUGAUGUGAACUCCAAUGACAGUUCUCCUUUUGACCUGAAUGAUUUCCCUCAGUUGACUAGGCGCCCUAGUUCUGCUGGAGGGCCACAAGGACAAUUGGGUUCUCUUCGGAAGCAAAAUGUUGGUGUUAGUUCUAUCGUCCAACAGAACCAGGAGUUCAGCAUCCAAAAUGAAGAUUUCCCAGCUUUACCUGGAUUUAAAGGAGGAAAUUCUGAUUAUGCAAUGGAUUUGCAUCAGAAAGAGCAGCUUCAUGAAAAUGCUGUGUCCAUGAUGCAGUCCCAACACUACCCAAUUGGUCGGUCUGCUGGAUUCAGCUUUGGGGGAACAUAUUCAUCUCAUCGUCCACAGCAACAGCAGCAACAUGCUCCUUCAGUCAGUGGCAGUGGGGUUUCCUUUACUACUGCUAACAGUCAGGACAUGAUCCAUUUACAUAACUCUGAUCAUUGGGUCCCAUCUUCCCAUGCGGCCUAUCACUCACAGGUUCAGGCAAGUGGUCAACCUGGAAUUGGAUUGAGACCUUUGAACUCUCCAAAUUCAGUAUCUGGUAUAGGCUCAUAUGAUCAGCUUAUUCAACAGUAUCAACAGCACCAAAAUCAGUCACAGUUUCGGCUGCAGCAUAUGUCAGCUGUUAAUCAGUCUUCUGUGGAUCAAAGCAUGAAGUCAAUGCAGGUGCCACAAGCUGUGCCUGAUCGAUUUGGUUUGCUUGGUUUAUUGAGUGUGAUAAAAUUGAGUGAUCCCAUCCUGACAUCCCUUGCACUUGGAAUCGAUCUGACGACUCUUGGGCUAAAUUUGAACUCAACGGAUAACCUUCACAAAACAUUUGAUUCCCCAUGGUCUGAUGAGCCUGCCAAGGGAGAUCCAGAGUACAAUGUGCCUGAAUGUUAUUAUGCUAAACCACCACCUGCUCUACAUCAAGGGUAUUUUUCAAAGUUCCAGUUGGAAACGUUGUUUUAUAUCUUUUACAGCAUGCCAAAAGAUGAGGCUCAGUUGUAUGCGGCUAAGGAACUGAAUAAUAGAGGGUGGUUUUACCACAGAGAACACCGUCUGUGGUUCAUAAGGGUUGCAAACAUGGAGCCACUUGUUAAGACAAACACUUAUGAGAGGGGAUCCUACAUAUGUUUCGAUCCAAACACAUGGGAAACAGUUCACAAGUUUUUUGGUGCAGGAUAACUGUGUUCUUCAUUAUGAGUUGUUGGAGAAGAGACCAGUGCUACCUCAACAUUAACGGAACAUUUUUUUCAUGUAAAUGAAGUUUCAGUUCAUUUUUCAACCCCCUUAC